GAAGCUCCCAGUUGUAACAAGAAAGAAGAUCAACUUUCACAGCAUCGCAGACUUGGCUGGUAGUCAUGACAAUACUAUAAAUACACAGAAUCACUACGACAACCCACAACCAAAGGUCAACGAAAGUGUGUACAACCCAUAUGCCACAGUCCAUAGUGAUAAAAGUAGCAACCAAAGCCGAGUGAGUGGUUACCAUAGUGACUUUAGUAAUAAUGGAACACCUGGUAACCAUAGGAAUGACAGUGGAAGUAGUGAGGGCACUUUGAGCUCAGGUAACUGUAGCGGUGGAACUGACAAUAGCGACCACACAAUCAGCUCUGGUAACACCAGUUCCCAUAGCAACCAAGCAGACAAUGGUAACAUUGGUACCAAUGGAGAAGAUAUCCACACAAACAAUAGCGAUGAAUCUGAUGGUAAUGUUGAUAUUGAAACUGUAUCACCAAGAAAGGAUGUCCAACAUUAUAUGAUGAACAAUCACCUUUCUCCUGUCCAGGAGACAAAUGAGAAACUGCAACGAAAGUUUGAGCUGAGGAAACCAGUUCCCCAACUGUCUAUUCCAGUAUCUCCACAAGUCAUCAGGACAACUCUACCACUGUCAGUUUCUGCAUCUCCACAGGUCUCAGGGUUAGUACUGCCAUUCUACAACCAAGGGUUUACCCCAUCGUUCAUGCUCACUCCCUCACCUUCCACCCCUGGCUCUGUAUUCUCAACCCCUACCCCCAAGCUGUGUCACAAUAGUGAAAGCAGGUUUGUCUACCCACCCAUUUCCAGCCCAAUCAGUACUUCAACACCAAAAGACAAGGUCAUGUUAGGGUCAAGGGCACAUAGUAGUUCAUCAUCUGACACUUUAGAUGGAGCCACAAUGCCAGGUAGCAAGAAACGUUUACACUCAACAACAGAGGAAGUGACGUGUCCACCAAGUAAAAGGCGAUGCCGUCAACCACACUCAGCCAGUCAAGUUGCCCAAAUGGAGGCUGAAUUUACCAAGAAAAUGUACCCUGACCCUUUGGACCUUGAGAGGAUUUCAAAAGAAAUCGGGAUCGCUGAAGAGAAAAUCAAAAUCUGGUUUCAAAACAAGCGCAGAAGGUGGCAUCAGAACCGCAUCAGCAGCUACAAAGCUAAUGCUACAAGUGAUAACAAGCGUAGUCUCAGUACUUCAGCUGUUACAAAUGAACAAUACAAAACUCAUCAGAGCAUAAACAGACUUUCCAUGGGUCAUAAUGGACUCCCAAUGAGCCUGAAUAAGUCAAAAGAACUCCCUUAUAGGAAAUCUGAGUCUGACCAAUACUCAGCAUUCUCUACCGUGUCACAAUCUAAUCAGCACAGUAUCCGUUUACCAUCUACCGCUAGGUCUGUUUUACCUGGUACCCCAAGUUCUAGUUCCACCAAAGUGAUGCCCAUGUAUCCAGUGCCAUCAUAUCUUUAUUUUCCACAAUUCCAAUAGAUUUGGAUUCAAUUACGGGAAAUUGUCAAAUAUUGUGCCAAGGAACUACAGUAAAACCUGUCUAAUCAGAAUGCUACUGGGACCUACCUAAAGUGAAUCGAAGGUUUUCCCAUUUCAAGGUUGUUUUAAUAUGGAAGUCAAUGUGAACAGGUGUUUAGAGUAUAGAGGUGUUCUAAUAUACAGGUUUUACUGUAAUUUAAAUGUAAAUAAUGUAACUACUGUAGUAUAAGAGCUGAUGCUGCCAAAACAUAAGUACAUGUACAUGUACAUUUUGGAAAUUACUUAUGAUAACAGAUAAAUGUCCAAAUGGAUUACUGUAUAAAACUGUACAUAGCUGUAAUAUAGUGUAAAGGAGAACUCUGUAAUAAACUAUCAUAAACAUACUA